UAGGAGGUCCUGGGUGACUUUGGACGUCCGCUCAGCCAGGUUGUAGAAGCGGCUUAGCGUGUUUCCUAGCCUUCUCUCUGCGUGUAGGGUAGGCCUGUGCCGCAAACAUGCUCCGCCAGAUCCUCGGGCAAGCCAAGAAGCAUCCCAGCUUGAUUCCUCUCUUCGUAUUUAUUGGAGCAGGGGGUACUGGAGCAGCACUGUAUGUGAUGCGCUUGGCACUGUUCAAUCCAGAUGUCAGCUGGGACAGGAAGAACAACCCAGAGCCAUGGAACAAACUGGGUCCCAAUGAACAAUAUAAGUUCUACUCAGUGAAUGUGGACUACAGCAAACUGAAGAAAGAAGGCCCAGACUUCUAAACUGUGAAGUUCACUGUAAAGCUGCUGAAAAUGAAGGUCUUUCAGAAGCCAUCCGCACAAUUUUCACUUAAGCAGGAAAUAUGUCUCUGAAUGCAUGAAAUCAUGUUGAUUUUUUUUGGAGUUUAUUACGCUGAUGAAUAAACCUCUGAAACUUGA